GAAGAAGGUGCGCACCGUUCAACUUGGGAUGAUUUUGUUUUAAAUAAUUUGUGUGUCAUAUUCAAAUUCAGAGUAGCUGGAUCUUGUUUGAUUAGAGAGUCGGACUUAUGUGUUGAAAAACUGACCUCAGAAAAGCCAUGGCAUCGCUGUCAGAAGAGGUGCUCUUGGUGGUUAAAAAGGUUCGCCAGAGGAAACAAGACGGGACCCUGUACCUAAUGGCUGAACGUAUAGCCUGGGGCCCAGAAGGCAAAGACCGCUUCACCGUCAGCCAUUUAUAUGCAGAUAUUCGUUGUCAGAAGAUUAGUCCAGAUGGUAAAGCCAAGAUUCAGCUUCAGUUGGUCCUCCACACUGGUGAGAGUACCACAUUCCAUUUUUCCAAUGAAAGCAGUGCCCUGAAAGAUCGUGAUACCACCAAGGAGCUCUUGCAGCAACUACUGCCUAAAUUCAAGAAGAAGGCUAACAAGGAGUUGGAGGAAAAAAAUAGAAUGUUGCAAGAAGAUCCAGUGCUUUUCCAAUUAUAUAAAGAUCUGGUGGUAAGUCAGGUGAUUAGUGCAGAGGAAUUCUGGGCCAACCGACUGAGUGUAAACAACGCAGAGCCAUCAUUAUCCAAUAACAAACAGGAAGUCGGUAUAUCUGCAGCUUUUCUGGCAGACAUUCGGCCUCAGACUGAUGGCUGCAAUGGCUUGAGGUACAAUCUGACAGCUGACAUCAUUGAGUCUAUCUUCAGAACAUACCCUACAGUGAAACAGAAGUAUGGCGAAAAUGUACCUCAUAACCUGACUGAGAAGGAGUUCUGGACCCGCUUUUUCCAAUCCCACUAUUUUCACAGAGACCGGAUCAACACAGGGGUACAGGAUAUAUUCUCUGAGUGUGCCAAGCAGGAUGAAAAGGGUUUAAAAUCUAUGGUGUUUCAAGGCGUAAAGAAUCCUUUGGUUGAUCUACUUUCAUUGGAGGAUAAAACCUUAUAUGAGGGUUAUGGAGUUUCCACAGCACCAUCUACUUCCAGUUCUAACAAAACGGUCAAAGAGAAUAGCAACUCAGCCAUUAUCAAGCGUUUCAACCAUCACAGUGCCAUGGUUCUGGCUGCAGGCUCACGGAAGGGGGAUAUGCCAUAUGAUGGCGCUAGUGAGACAAGCAGUACAGAUGGAAACUCGAGGGAUUCUGACUUCUUCCAGCCUCCUGUUAAGAAGGUAAAAUUGCAAGAGGCCAUAGAAUAUGAAGAUCUGCAAAGGGAAAAUGGAACCAAAACGGUUCCUUUAAACCUCAAAAAAUCUGACAGGUAUGCCCAUGGUCCUGUGCCAGUUCAGUCUCAACAGUACACUACAAGUCAGGAUAUCAUCAAUUCUGUCAACUAUAUCCAGCAUGAAAUGGCCAACUACAGACCCAACCUCACUCAGGCAUUAUCAAGCAGCACAGCUAGUUCUGCCAUCGCAGCACUCUCUCCAGGGGGCAUCCUAAUGCUGACAGGAGCACAGCAAGCCAUAAACCAAAUGGUACCCAGUGAGGUUCAAGGGGAGUUGAAACAUCUUUAUACAGCUGCUGGAGAGUUGCUGAGGCACUUCUGGUCAUGCUUUCCUGUAAACACACCGUUCCUGGAGGAGAAGGUGGUGAAAAUGAGAUCAAAUCUAGAGAGAUUCCAGAUGACAAAGCUUCGUCCAUUUCAAGAAAAGAUUCAGCGCCAGUAUUUAAGUACCAAUAUUACGGGCCACUUGGAGGAGAUGUUGCAGAUGGCUUAUAACAAGUUCCAUGCUUGGCAAACCCGCCGAGUGAUGAGGAAAUCCUGAGGUCUGAUGAUUUACCAGAAAACACCAGAGGAGCUAAAAAAUGGACAGAUGUCCAGCGUAGGCCCUCCGGACUGCUGUAACAGAAGAAACAGCCUGACAGGACAUAGUUCACGUGGGCUUAUGAUGAGGAUAUAUAUAUAUAUAUAUAUGGGUGCUGCCCAAAUGUUCAACAGAGACUUACUGCAUUUUAGUCACAUUGAACUGUAAUUAGUGGCUUUCCCUAUUGUUUGCAUUUUCUCGGCGGAUGAGAGAAAUGCUGUGGUUCCUACAACGGUUGAAUGGGACUCUUACAAUGGUGUUGUAUGACCAAACUUAAGAUGGAAACGAGAGGGGCACCCUCCAGAACACAGACUGAGAUAGGAGGUGGAAAGUGAGGACUUCCAGUAGGCCUAUGUGAGAUGCUUUUUUCCAGUGCACGGAGCAAGAGACGUGGAAGAGAAACCCUGUAGAUGCAAUGGGCCUUUGAACACCAAGUCUUUUCAGGGAGUGUAAUUCCAGUAAACCUCGGCAACAAAGUGGAUUGAAUAUAGCAAUACUGUACAGACGUGUUACACUCAGCGCUUUAGUGGUGUGCUGGCCCAUCACAUUUAAACCGUGCUGGUGUGUAAUGUCUGAAUCUUCUAUCUGCACUGAAGACAAAGAUGUUACGUGGAAUUAAACUGAAGCAAAAGUACUUUUAAUACCAUUGUCUUAAAACAUUUUAUACGGCGCAUGUUUUUCACGAGCUGGUGAUUUAUCUUGCAUCAUCCAUAUUGUCCCAAUUUCUAGAGCAGUGUUUCUCAACCCAGUCCUCAAGGAACCCCUAUCCUGCAGAUUUUCUUUGCAACCCUGAAUAGGUACCUGUUUGUAGUAAUUCAGCAGUGAAUGUCAGAGUUUGCACACCUUGCAUAAUUAAGUGCUGUGAGAUGAUUGGUUGAGUAAGUACAAGCAGAGCUACCUAUGCAGGGUUACAAUGAAAAUCUGCAGGAUAGGGGGUCCUUGAGGACUGGGUUGAGAAACGCUGUUCCAGAGGCUUGCCCAGCUUAAACUGUCUUUUUUUGGGGGGGGGUUAUAAUGGGUAACGUCAUGUACCGCAUCUUAUUUAAAUCAAUAAAGAGCUUAACGGAU